GAAAUUACACAGAAAAUGCCUCUCCAGGUGCAUUUCAUCCUGGCUCAGCCUCUUCAGAAUAGAGUGAAGCCUUUCCGAGCACUGACCGGUCUCUGUCGCCCGCAGAAUGAAGAGCCCGCCUUCUCCCAGGACGGAGGAAAGUUGUUCUUUGUCAGAGCCAUCCCGCAGGGAGGCCAGGGGAAGUUCCACCACAUCGCCGUAUCCUCGUCCCAGCCCAACAGCAGCAGUGACAACAUACAGUCCAUCACCUCUGGGGACUGGGAUGUGACCAAGAUUCUGGCAUACGACGAGAAGCGGAGUAAAAUCUACUUCCUGAGCACAGAGGACCUGCCCAGAAGACGGCAGCUGUACAGCGCCAGCACCGUGGGCAACUUCAACCGGCAGUGCCUGUCCUGCGACCUGGUGGAGAAUUGCACCUACUUCAGCGCCUCCUUCAGCCACAACAUGGACUUUUUCCUGCUCAAGUGCGAAGGUCCUGGCGUCCCCAGGGUGACCGUGCACGACACAACAGACAAGAAAAAAAUGUUUGACCUGGAAGCAAAUGAACACAUACAGAAGGCCAUAGACGACCGACAGAUGCCCAAAGUGGAAUACACGGAGAUCAAGGUGGAUGAUUACACCCUGCCCGUGCAGAUUCUCAAGCCGGCGGUCUUCACGGAGACUGCCCACUACCCGCUGCUUCUGGUGGUGGACGGCACCCCGGGCACCCAGAGCGUAGCUGAGAAGUUCGAGGUUACCUGGGAGACGGUGAUGGUGAGCAGCCACGGCGCCGUGGUGGUGAAGUGUGACGGCCGAGGCAGUGGCUUCCAAGGAGCAAAGCUGCUGCACGAAGUGAGGCGACGGCUGGGCUUCCUGGAGCAGGAGGACCAGGUGGAGGCUGUGCGGAGGGUGCUGAAGGAGCAGUACAUCGAUAAGACGCGCGUCGCCGUGUUUGGGAAGGAUUACGGAGGGUACCUGAGCACGUACAUCCUCCCAGCGAAGGAUGAAAAUCAAGGUCAGAUUUUCGCCUGUGGCUCCGCUGUCUCUCCAAUAACAGACUUCAAGCUCUACGCGUCUGCAUUUUCCGAGAGGUACUUGGGUCUCUACGGACUUGACAACAGAGCAUAUGAGAUGACCAGGGUGGCACAUCGAGUGUCGGCGCUGGAGGAACAGCAGUUUCUGAUCAUUCACGCGACUGCUGACGAGAAAAUCCACUUCCAGCACACAGCAGAGCUCAUCACACACCUAAUUAAGGGCAAGGCUAAUUACAGCCUACAGAUCUACCCGGACGAAAGCCAUUACUUCCACAGCGCCCCGCUCAGGCAGCACCUCUACCGCGCCGUCAUCAACUUCUUCGUGGAAUGCUUCAGGGCUCAGGACAGAGCCCCCACGGCCACAGUGAGGGAGGAGGAGGAGGACUGAGCCGCGCGCGCCCGCAGCAGCACGGCGCCUUUCCUAGACCAGGACUGGGAACCCCGCCCCCCUCUCCCGCCAGGGCUGGCGUGGGGGGCAGGAAGUGUUCCCGCUCUGCAGCAUGUGUGUCUCGGUCCCGACGGCAGUUCUGCUUCAGACACCAGCUCCUGCCCGGUGGAGAUGCCUCGGGGAACCUCCAGGGAGCCUGGAGCCAUCGUGGCGUGUGGCCUCCUGCUGGCCACACCCCGGCCCGCCCCAGGAACGCAGUGAGGAACCGGCCCCUGCGGUCAUGCUGUCCAGCAGAAGCAUGAAGACCCGCCUGCGUGGAGCCCCGCGGCCGCCGGCAGCAUGGCCGUCCCCUGUCCCCACGCCAAGGAGCCCGCUAUAGCACAAUAUGUUAACAGCAUUCCCGCAUAGAUUGGCUUGGUCCUCGCUGUCACUAGGAGAUCCGCACUGUAAGGGGCUGUAAAAAGUAUUACUGUAGCUUUGCUAAUGGUUCACCUUACGGAAUUAAUUCGUAUUUUUCUAUGGUUUUUACCUGACGCUGUCUGCGGUCACGGGGUUGUUUUGCUGUGCUGUUUCUUCCCCCGCCCCCCUCCCCACCGCCCCACUUUGUUUUGCUUUAUUUUCCUCAGUCAGUGUGUACGCUUCUCACUUGUUUAGAUGAAGAAACAGAUCAGAAGUAACUAACUGCUCUCUCCUCAAGGUCGUCUUUAGACUUUGGAGAUAUCGGAAAGCACGGAAGGGAAAGGAAACAUCCAAUACUAUUUACUAAAACGAGAAAAACGCAUCAAUAAAAGCUCUCUCCCGCCAAGCUGCAUUAGGACCUGGCUUAGAUUCUCACUGUCCAUUUACGUUCGUCCGUAAGCCUAUGCUUUCCACCCUUGAGACGUUAUCGAGUCUUUUCAGAUGAACUUUGGUUCAAAAACGUAAGAAGACCAAGGGUUGGCUCCACCCCCAGCUCUGUCACAGGUGCUGGGGUGACAGCAGCCCUUGAGGAAAGUGUGGGCAAGUGCUGGCAUGCCUCCUGUCCUGGGGACAGCUUGGUGCCCGCCCUGCCACGUGCCAACAGCACGUGCCAGCCUUGUAAGCUGCCCUCGGACCACGCGUGCAGCCAUCGCGCCCAUGUGUGUCUCAUUCCGUUGUAUAUAAAGACGGGCAUGUGUGUCAGGCAUCGUGCAGUGUCCCCUGCUCCCUCCCAUGGUCCCCAACGUGAGUCCCACUUGCAUGCCGCCACUGGCUGGUCAGCGCUGUCUACAAGUGCUGGUUUGGACCACAGUGCUCACCGUUGUUUCCCCUGGCGCUUGUUCACAGCCUGAGUGUCAGUCCUGAGCUCUGCAGCUCCCGGUCCUGCUGGGGGGUCCUUGACAUCUUGUCCGCAGAGAAGAUGUGUCCGUGUUGCUUUUCGGUGUUUGGGGGUUUUGGUUUCAUCUACACGAGCUUUGAAUGUCAGUGUAGUGAGUCCCAUUGGAAGAUGUCCAGCACAGGAUGUUUUUCUUAAGGUGACAGCAUCACCGUUUGUGAACAGGAUCGACGUGCUGACCAACGGGACCCCUGGGAAUGCUACGUGAUCGCACUUUUGCUGUUUCAGUGGCCUUGACCAACUGCAAAGCCAGCUAGGCCUGACGGGGACGCCGGCUCUGGCCAUGAGAUCGGGUAGGAGGGACUCGAGAAUGUGGCAUGGUGCGUUUGUUCAUCCAUGGAAUAAAACAUUAUUUUACCACUUGGA